AUGGAAAAUUAUAUACAUGCUCUCACAUUAGGAAAAGAGAUAAUUGUUGUAGGUGAUUUAAAUUGUGAUUUGCUGAAACCGGAUUCUCCAGAGGCUAUGACGCUACUAGAUUUUUGUACAAGUGUGAAUCAAACUCAAUUGAUAAAAGAACCUACACGAGUAACAGAAACGUCAUCAUCCCUUAUUGAUAUUAUUAUGACGUCGAAUGUCAGUUUAGUAGAAAAUCAUGUGGUAGCUUUAUCUCACAUUAGUGAUCACUAUCUAAUAUAUGCUUCUUUGAAACUUAAGAUGUUGAAGCCGCCACCUAGUUAUAAAUGUGUGAGAUCCUACAAAAACUACAAACCUGAUAGUUUCCUCGCGGAUUCACAACCAAUACCUUGGUAUGAUAUUUCCAUUAUGGAUGAUGCAAAUGUAAUGCUAGACCAUUUCAGUGAGAGGUUUCUCCAUGUAAUGGAAACACAUGCAUCUGUAAAAACAGUGAGGAUUAAACACCGCAGCUGCCCCUUUCUUAGCACAGAAAUUCGCGAACUUAUGCAAUACAGAAAUAACCUAUUGAAAACGGCUCGAAGUACUAAAUUAGCAACAGACUGGGAAAUGUAUCGUAAACUAAGAAAAGAAGUAAAAUCCAAGCUGAGAGAUGCCGAAAGGGAAUAUGUACGGAAAGAACUAGAGCACAGUCACAACACUAAUUCAAAGUGGAAGAUAAUUAAGAAUUGUAUUCCUCGUAAAGAAAGCACUCAACAAAUCUACACAAAGGAUAUGAAAGAAGUUGCUAAUGAGUUUAAUCAGUUUUUCUCCUCAGUUGGUAGAAGAGUAUCAGAAGAUUGCACGCCUUUAAUAGAAUUAUAUAACCUGCCUGCAUCUCCAACAAGUGUUUUGCUGGCUGUCGCUGAGUCACAAAAUUUUAGUUUUGUUUCUGUCUCAUGUGGAGAAGUACGAAGGACAGUUAUGGAAUUCCAAUCGAACAAAGCUCCUGGCCAUGACAAAGUACGAAUGUCUACGAUAAAGGAUGCACUUCCAUGUAUUCUCCCAGUUAUUACUGACAUAAUAAAUCGCUCGUUACAGACUUCAGUCUUUCCAUCAGCCUGGAAAAUAUCAGAAGUAAUACCACUUCUUAAAGAGGGAGAUCACGAAGUGGCAAAUAACAAUCGACCACUAUCGUUACUACCAGCGACUUCUAAAAUUUGUGAACGAGUAGCUUUAAAUCAGCUGACCUCCUAUAUACGAGCAAAAAGAAAUGCCUAA